UCAUGCGAUUAUUUCCCGGAAUUUAGAUUGAGAAGACGUGUGUGACCGUGGAACAUCUUCCUACAUUUUUUACGUUUAUUUUAGUAUAGUUUGUCAGAAUGCCACCUAAAAAGGGAGGAGGAGGACCGAAUAAGAAAACAGUAGAGAAGAAGAAGGAGAAGAUUAUAGAGGACAAGACAUUUGGCUUGAAGAACAAGAAAGGAACUAAACAGCAGAAGUUCAUCAACAAUGUCACCCAGCAAGUCAAGUAUGGGAACCAAAAGGAUGCAAAAAAGAAUGCUGACCUAGCUGCACAGAAAGGAGCCAAGAAAGAUGCCAAGAAGAAAGAAGCGGAGGAGCUCAACAUGCUCUUCAGGCCAGUCAUGGAGGCUCAGAAACUAUCUAAAGGAGCUGACCCUAAGUCUGUACUUUGCGCCUUCUUCAAACAAGGAUCCUGUUCCAAAGGGGAUAAGUGUAAAUUUUCCCAUGACCUCAACAUACAGCGUAAGGCAGAGAAGCGUAGUGUGUAUUCGGAUGUCAGAGAUGAUGAAUUAGCAAAUGACACCAUGGAUAACUGGGACGAGGAUAAAUUGAAAGAAGUCGUCAGUAAAAAACACGGAGAUGCUAAUGAUGUGAAAAACAAAACUGAUAUUGUUUGCAAGUUCUUCAUCCAAGCUUUGGAGAACAUGAAGUACGGUUGGUUUUGGUCUUGCCCCAAUGGUGAGAAAUGUAAAUACAGACACGCCCUUCCACCUGGGUUCGUUCUCAAGAAAGAUAAGAAGAAGAUGGAUGAACAGGAGGAAGAGCAAAAGAUAUCCUUAGAAGAACUUAUAGAGGAAGAGAGGAAUAAAUUAACAGGGGAACUAACUAAGAUCAACCUUCAAACCUUCAUGCAAUGGAAGAAAAGGAAAAUAGCAGAAAAGAGGGAAAAGCUGGAGGCAGAUCAAAACAAGAAACGAAACGAACUGAAGCAAGGCAAAUCACUCGGGGUUACAGGACGUGAGCUCUUCCAGUUUAAACCAGAGAUGGUUGGAGAAGACGAGGAUGAAGGAGACGUAUUCUCUUACCAACGAGAAACGGAAGAAGAGGAGGAGACGGGGAACGUACAGGACGUCAGUAUAGAGGCGUUUGCUGCUUUAGCCAUGGAGGUUGAUACGUCUUCAGCCAUCACCAGUAGACCUGACGCACCGCAACCUACUACCAAUGGACAGGAUGAUGAUGAAUCGGGUAAACUUGAUCAAGCCGCUGCCAUAGUCCCUGACGAGGACCCUACGUUAGGGGCCAUCGCAGCAGCAGAGGGAGCCCUAGCGAACGGUGGUGAUAUUGACAUUGACGAAGACCUGUUUGGUGCCGAAGCCGACAUCGAAAAUGAAUUAGAUCAAAUUGACCUCGACGAUUAAAAAGUUGGUGAAUUUUAACUCCGUGAAACAAUGCCUUCUGGAUAUCAUGAAACCAAGUGUAAUGAAGAUUUCAGCAUCAGGGUUAGUUGCGGGUGUGAGAGAGAGAGAACAUGGAUUCAUCCUGCCUUUGCUGUAUCCUGUCAAGAAGUCAUCCUUGAUCCUUGUCAUGGACACCUCUGCACUACAGUCUUUGGAGCAAGAUCUUCAGAGACAUAAAGACAUCAAAAAGCGAGCUUCAGUCCCAAGCAGACAAGAACUUAACUUUAUGGAUUCAAAGUUUCUUCAAGAAGCCCAAUCCUACAAUCGGACUGACCCCUUGGAGCUUCCUCGAUCAGCGUACAGACCUCUUCCGUCAAGGUCUUGUUUACUCAAAGACCUGCAAUCAAAUGAUAGUAAAAUUUUUAAGACUGAUCCUGCUUGGUGGAACAUUGGUGAAUUGAACAAUAUGUGCAGCCAACUGUGUAUCUGAUUUGCCAUUGCGAGUUUCCUGAUUGAUACAGAUUUCAAUGUUAUGGAACUCAGGGCCCCGUCUUACAGAGAGUUACAAUUGAUCCGAUCAAUCUCAAGUAUAUGGAAAUCCAUCAACGUCAUAAUUUUUCUUUAGGAAAUUUGCUCAAUGUCCUUUGAAAACAAAGAGAAGCAUACUGAAUUGUCAAGAAAACAGUGAGUGUGUUGAAUAUACAUAAUUUCUAGAAUUUUUUUGAACAAACAUGUAAUUUUAGAUGUUGACGUUGCUGGCUUUCCAUAGUUGCGAUUGGUCGGAUCAAUUGUAACUCUUUGUAAGAUGGGGGCCCAGAACUGCACUCAACCAACAAAGCUCACCCCAGCUCAUCAUCACAAUCCGGUAUUAAGGAUGAUUGACCGACGAUGGAAUGCAAGAGAAUGUGGGUUUAGAUCAUAUGUGGUCUAUGUUUUAAAUGUAUACAGGUUGACCUUUAUUCAUGUGACAUUUUAUCCCCAUUUACAAAAAGGACCUUGUGGUGUGUCACAAAGAGGUUAGUAUGACUUGAAAUCAUGCGUCGUGCUAACGAGCUCAUUCCAUGCAUAAUCUCAUUGAUGAAAAUGCAGUAGGGUGCACCCCUGACCAUGAUCUUCCCUAUGUGGUGAUAUACACGGAACUCUCAAUAUUGAAGUUUGAUUUUUAGUGACACAUAAGUCUUUGUGAAACACCACCCUCAUGUUGAAUAGCUUAUCCUUUCAUAAAUAUCGUCAAAUGAAAUGACUGGUGUCAAAAAAAGAAAAAAUCGUCACACAUCAAUUUUGGUGUAAGUCAUUUACCACAAGAAAGGAUCACCAGUCAGUCGUACACUGUAAAGUUACAAACAGCUUUAUGAAAUACUAUUACCCACCUGAUGUAAACAUGACGCAAAAUAACCACUUUCAUAGAAAGGUAAAAUAUCUUAAUUUACAUAAUAUACUGUAGUUCAAGAUUUCUGAUUUAGAAGUUUUGUAUAAUAAAGACAUUGAUUGGCUCUAUUUCAUGGAACAUCAACCAACUCACUAAAUUGCAAUGGUCAAUCAGAAUCAUUGCAUAUGUGUAUGAAGCUUUAAUGAGAUAUCUACAUAUAGAUUACACCCAGAUUUAGAAGCAUUUUGGAGGGAUAUUUAUUUUUAUUUUCUGUAAUGUCUUGCAUUGAAAUCAGUAAAAUCCCAAAAUCCUGUUGUGACAAUGAAUGCAUAAUUAUGAAUGAAAUAAAGACAAGUUAACAGAUAAAAACAACCGUGAGGAUUGGCAAAUAGAGCCUAUUUCACCAGUCCAUUGAUGAUAUACUAAUAUUGUAGAUGUUUACAUGGCAUUGCAGUGCCAUGAAGCAUUAAUUGAUAUAUUUAUAAAAAAAAAUUGGUAAGCUUCUUUCUUGUGGUUGUCUCAAAUCAUGUGUGUCCUCCAAGGGGAAAACUCCUCAUCCCUCGGCGCCAUUCUAUCAUAGAGCAUACAUUACUUAAAAUUCACAAAUAUUGUUUUGAAACCAUUGUUUAUACAGGUUUCAUGCAUGGAUGCCUAAUUGAGCGUUUGUCAUUGUGAACAAAAAUGGGUAUGUCAUUGACAUGAAAUAUGCAAUAAUAAUGGUUCCAAAACCCCCUUUGUGAGCCUGGGCCUAUGUGUUCCCAAUGGUGGUAAGCGUAUGAGUGAUUAAGUAUUGUCGAAGCAUGGUUUUAAAGCGAUAUUUCCCAAGUAAAUUGAAUGUUGGUUUAGUUGUGCAUUCAUUGUAUCAUCACUAUUAGACGCCCUUAAUUUCAUACUCGCUUCUAUGAGAGCAAAUAUUUUAACCGUCACACACCAUUUAGGGAUGGGGAAUUAUGGAAUACGUAUUACAUGAAGAAUGGGGCAGCUCCUUGUGUGUAAUGUCAGAAAGUCAUAAAGUCAAAAUAUCAUUACUCUUAUUCUUUAAUGGACUUUGUGAAACCUUCACCAAUAAUUUUCUCUAUCUUUGUUUUUACAAAAGCCAACUUAUCGUCUUGGUGUACUCCACCUCUUUAAGUUUUAUUCAUGAUUAUUUGAUCAAGACAUAAUUAGGUAAUACUAUAUCAUAGCUUGGCCAACUAAUGAAAAAAAAAGAUGAUCAAAGAAUUUUGUGAAAAAGGGUACAUGUAUGAGCAUGAUGACUGCAUCCACAAGAGUUGAGAUAGAGGGUGUGAGGGGCAUUGCACCCCCCUAGAAAAAUAUAUAAUGAAUUGAUAAAUACAUAAAUGAAAUAAAUAAAUAGAUGAUAAGAGGAAUAAAGAAUAAUUUCCAUGACCAAGAAAAAAAAAGAGAAAAAGAAAGAAGAGGUAUGGUGAAAUAUGAUAUAAUUUUGCAAGCAUUACUCGAAAUCUAUCCAAAGUUAGAUUUCGUCAUAAAAAGGUCAACAUUUACAUGUAUGCUCACUUGCUUCUCAUGCUUGUUGCUUUUUAGAAAUUUUCCUCCAUACGGCAUGUUGUCCAUCCUCAAAGUUUUUGGCUCAUUUUGUCACUGACUCCAACACCUUUAUGCAGAGUGCUCCUUCCUGCUUUUCUGAAUUAUUCUUCUGGUUUCAAAGUAUAUUUUUUCUUUGGUAGUAUUUUCCUCAUUAAAGUACAACUUAGCAUGGGAAUCAUCCAACCCUCUGAGAGUGAAAACAUCUCUCUCCUGAAUGAAUAGUGCUGUUUUCAUGUGAAAUGAUUGUGAGAAAUGAUAAUCACCAGUCUUCCUGUUUUCAUUCUCUUGAACUCCUAAUAGACAUAGGCCCGUAUUCUGAAGUUGGGUUUAUCUUAAACUCGGGUUUUAAGUUGUGAUUUAAGUAUAGAUAACCAAUCGUUUCAUAAAUCACUAACAGUAGAGAUAUUAUUUUUUUCAGCUCAUGUGGCUCUCAAAUCAUUCAUAACUGUGUAGGACGCAUAUACAUGUAUUAUUGUCUGCAUUAUUGAUGAGUCAGGAAAGAACACAGUCAUCAUGAGAAACAUACAACUGAUUAAAAAUUUUGACACUUUUGGCUUUCCAUAAUUUUAGCACAGAGUUAGACCAUGGUUUAAGUUAAACCUGACUUCAGAAUACGGGCCAUAGAGGUCUUUAUUCUAAAUGCAAUGAUUUGAUUUAAACUCUGGUCUAAAGUUGUGGUUUAACUAUGGAUAGCCAAUUGUGACAGGUAUCUCUAAGAGUACAAGUUCAACUUGUCAGCUGAUUUGACACUCAAAUCAUUCAUAACUGACUGGGAGUUAUUACUGAGGAAAGAGUGAAGAUAGUAAAGAUUGGAAACAAUUUAAAUGCAAUUUGAGAAAGUGUUGGAUUCCCAUAGUUUUAACAGAGUUAAACCAGUGCUUAAGUUAAACUGGAUUACAGAGCAUGGGGCACUCAGUUUAGUUGCCAAUUUGAAGUUAUUCACUGAGGAAGCAUUAUUAAACAAAAUAGCCUCACAUUGGAAUAAACAAGUCAGAUUAAUGAAACUAAAACCUCUGACAGACCGAAAGGGAUUUGCCCACGAAUUAACUAUGCACGAAUUCAUACACAUUUGUAAUAUAUGUUGACAUGAUACCAAAGUAGGAAGAAAAUCUAUUUAAAAGUAAAAAAUACUAGUGAUAUGAAGACAAUUUGUUUGGAAAUGAAUUGUCAAGGUGUGUUGAUCUUCAAUUCGAGUCAGCUGUGAAACGUUUACUAUAAUUUAUUGUCCAUUCAAGCUUGUGCACAUGUAUUUGCCUCAUGAUGUGCCAUGAAGUUGAGAAGUAUGACAAUUUACAUUUGUGAUUUUAAUAAUACAAGUAAUAAUCAAUUUAUCAUUAUUAUCAUUUCACUAAAAAUGAUUUCCGUUUCUUAUUUUGCAUCUAUUUCUUUAAUACGAAUUGCAAUUUUUCUUCAAAAGCAGACUUUAUCUUGCUUUGAAGAAAUAUCCCCUCAUAUGAGGAUAUGAUUUUUUUGGGGGCUGAUGUUCACACUGUCGCUGCAGACUAAUCAUUUCCCGUGUGAGUGGCAAUCAUAGUAGUAGUCUGAACUGCAUGCAUCAUGCUUGUAAUACAGCCACACACACAUGGUUUGACUCGUCAUACGACUCAUUGCGUGAUUGGAAUGAAUACAUUGCAUGACGUCAUCUCAUGAAGGUGGUGUGUGGGAUAUGAAUAAAUACAGAUAUAUUGACAUGUA